AUGCAAUUAUUAUUAAAAGCUCAGUUAGCGGUGUGGUUAUUCGUUGCCACUGUAUGGGCUAGGGAGCUCCAUGGAGGUACGACCGUCGAUUGGGGUACCCAAUAUGUCGGUAAUGGUGAUGUCCAUAUUUUCUCUGGGGCCAUUUGGUCUAUUAUCAACAAUGCUGCAUCAGAUUUUCAUGGAAACAUUAGAGUUGAUUCAAACGCUGGUCUUUACGUUUCUUCUGUUAGCCCAAAUAUUGCUUUGUCUGCCACUUUGAUGGAUAUGAUUUAUGGCUUUGUUAAUAAUGGAGUUGUA